UGUGCAGAAGGCAAUGUUGUUGCUGGCCAAGGACGCGACUAUCCAAUAAGGCCGCCUUGGGAUCUGUACUAUGACAGUAGCUAUACUGGUAAUGGGUAUGAACAACCAGCACACUACGGCUCAACUUUUUUUUUGGAAGAGGACAUCAAACAAGGCACAAAGAUGAAAUUAAACUUCACGAUAACACAAACAAAUGGAGUUACUUUCUUACCCAGACAAGUUGCUCAGAUGAUUCCUUUUUCCUCAAACAAAUUUCUCGAAAUUCUGAACCGGUUUUUGAUAAAACCCAAUUCAGUUGAAGCUGAGAUUAUCAAGGAAACAAUCAAACGCUGUGAGAGAUCUAGCUUUCAAGGAGAGCAGAAAUAUUGUGCAACUUCAUUAGAGUCCAUGAUCGAUUUCUGCACUUCCAUGUUCGGAAAAAAUAUCCAGGCAUUCUCUACUGAGUUAGAAAAAUCGCAGGAGUAUCGUAUAUCAGGAUUCAAAAAGAUUGGAAGAGGAGGACGAGAUGGCCCAGUAGUGUGUCAUAAGCUAAAUUACCCGUAUGCGGUCUUUUAUUGCCACAAUAUUCGCUCCACCGAGACAUAUAUGCUUUCGUUGGAAGGUGCAGAUGGGGCUAAAGCAAAAGGUGCAGUGGUGUGUCAUAAAAAUACGUCGGCAUGGAAUCCCAAGCACUUGGCCUUUCAAAUUCUCAAGGUUAAACCAGGAACUGUUCCUAUUUGCCAUGCUCUUCGUCAAGAUAAUAUUGUUUGGCUUCCUAACUAA